AUGGUUCCAAGUGUGUUUGGUGAGUCAGUGUCAGUGAUGGAGGGAAAUUCUGUGACUCUAAACUCUGAUCUUACUGAAAUACAUGAAGACGAUGACAUACUGUGGAAAUUUGGAGCGGAAAACGCUCUCAUAGCUGAAAUCAGCAGAGUGAAACGAAUAUUCUUCUCAUCUGAUGGUCCUGAUGGGAGAUUUAGAGACAGACUGAAGCUGGACGAUCAAACUGGAUCUCUGACCAUCACAAACAUCACAACUGAAAAUGAAGGACACUAUGAACUAGAGAUAGAUGGACCUAGGUGGUCAACAAAAACAUUCAGUGUUUCUGUCUACGCUCGUCUGCCUGUUCCUGUCAUUAUCAGAGAUUAUUCACAAAAUCUUUCAUCAUUAUCAUCAUCAUCUUCAUAUUGUUCACUGCUGUGUUCAGUGGUGAAUGUGAGUCAUGUGACUCUCUCCUGGUACAAAGGAAACAGUUUAUUGUCCAGCAUCAGUGUGUCUGAUCUCAGCAUCAGUCUCUCUCUACCUCUGGAGGUGGAAUAUCAGGAUAACAACACCUACAGCUGUGUGCUCAACAAUCCCAUCAGCAAGCAGAUGAAACAUCUCAACAUAACUCAACUCUGUCAGAUUCACUCAGUUCAGACACAGGAGGAAGACAGAACUGAUUCAGCAUUGUGUAAACCAACAACACGGAAAACGGUACGUUCAUUCUUGACUGUAUUGCAAGAAGUUGUUGCAGUCAGUCUGAUUGAAGCUGCUUAUUUAAGUUUUGUGUCAGACGGUCAGUGA